GUAGCUGGAGUGGUCCCACUGCAGAGAACAGGACUGGUCCAAGGACAUGGAAGCACAGCAGAACAAGGACAAUGAACCAGAUCUGCCCCGGGACAGGGAUGCGGAGCGGACUGGUGCAGUGGUCGGAGAUCAGCAAACCAAGCUGAUGGACAACAGUGAGGCACCGACAACAGGAUCGGGCGAGAGCAGGACCUCUGGGCACAGCCAAUCAAAGACCCUCCGCCCGGUGCGGCUGAAGAACUGGGAGAGCGGCAGCCUGAACUACGACACCCUCCACCUGCAGAGCCUCCAGACAUGCCCGUGUUCGGGCGUCCGGUGCCUGGGCUCCCUCGUCUUCCCUAGCACCGCCACCCCCAGGCCGGACGACGGGCAGCAGCAGCACCUUGGGCGCCGGGCCGCAGACCUCCUGCUCAGCUACUACACCAGCAUCAACAGGGCUGGCUCCCCCGCCCACCAGCAGCGCUGGGCCGAGGUGGAGAAGGAGAUCGAGCAGACGGGUACCUACCAGCUCACCACCACAGAGCUCACCUUUGGAGCAAAGCAGGCCUGGCGCAAUGCCGCCCGCUGCGUGGGGCGCAUCCAGUGGACGCGGCUGCAGCUCUUUGACGCCCGUGACUGCAGUUCGGUGCAGGAAAUGUUCAACCACAUUUGUAACCACAUCAGAUACUCUACCAACAAGGGCAAUAUCAGGUCUGCCAUCACCAUCUUCCCUCAGAGGGCGGAAGGGAGGGGAGAUUUCCGUAUCUGGAACAGCCAGUUCAUCCGGUACGCAGGCUUCCCGCAGGAGGACGGCACCGUGCUGGGAGACGGGGCCAAUGUGGAGUUCACUGAGCUCUGCCUGCGUCUGGGCUGGAACCCAGACCCCAGUCGGUUCACAGUGCUGCCACUACUGCUCCAGGCCAAUGGAGAAGACCCCGAGCUCUUCGAGAUCCCCCCGGAGUUGAUCCUUGAGGUUCCCAUUCAGCAUCCGCAGUGUGAGCAGUUCUCACUGCUGGGACUCCAGUGGUACGGGCUUCCUGCUGUGGCCAACAUGAUGCUGGAAGUGGGGGGAUUGGAGUUCCCCGCUGCCCCCUUCAACGGCUGGUACACUGGUCCCGAGAUUGGCGCCCGCAACUUCUGCGACUCCUCCCGCUACGGUCUUCUGAAGGAGAUUGCGACGGUGCUGGGACUGGACACCCGGAGCUCCCUCUUCCUUUGGAAGGAUAAAGCUGCCAUCGAAGCCACAGUGGCCGUUCUCCACAGCUUCCAGCGGGCGAAAGUGACGAUUGUCGAUCAUCACACCAUCACCGAGUCCUUCAUGAAGCACCUGGAGAGUGAGCAGCGGCUGCGUGGGGGGUGUCCCACCGACUGGGUCUGGGUUGUCCCACCCAUAUCUGGCAGCCUGACCCCCGUAUUUCACCAGGAAUUCCUCAACUAUAACUUGUCACCUUCCUUCUCCUACCAGACAGAUGCCUGGCGAACACACAAGUGGAAGGGGAGCAAUGGGGUUUCUGUCAGACGCAAGACCAUCGGAUUCAAGGAGCUGGCAAAAGCAGUGGAGUUCUCUACCAAGCUGAUGGCCCAGGCCCUCGCUCGGCGAGUCAAGGUGACCAUUCUGUAUGCCACCGAGACGGGAAAGUCUGAGACCCUGGCCAGGAAACUCUGUGACAUCUUUCGCAAGGUCUUCAAUCCAAAGUUACUGCGGAUGGACGAGUACGAUAUUGUCAACCUGGAACACGAAUCCCUGGUGCUGGUGGUGGCGAGCACAUUUGGGAAUGGAGACCCACCAGAGAACGGAGAGGCUUUUGCUGACCUUCUGAUGAAAAUGACUCACCCAGACUCCAGUCCGACAGAGCACAGGAGCUACAAAGCCCGGUUCAACAGUCUGUCAGAUGAUGAGUUUGAAGCGUUCAGUGAGAUGGUGUUGGAGGAGAUGAGUUUCAGGAGGAUGGGGCCGUUGGCGAGUGUAAGAUUUGCCGUGUUUGGCCUGGGCUCCCGGGCCUACCCUCACUUUUGUGCCUUUGCCCGUGCGGUGGACACGAGACUGGAGGAGCUGGGGGCGGAGAGGCUGCUGACCCUGGGCGAAGGAGACGAGCUUUGUGGCCAGGAGGACCUGUUCCGAGCCUGGUCUCGCAACAUCUUCAAGGUUGCCUGUGAGGUGUUCUGUAUCGAGGACCCGGCUGAGACAGAGGAGGACGGAGACUCAUGCUUUGAGAGUUCCACCAUCUGGAGGCCAGACCACUACCGACUCUCGAUGGUCGCGCAGGGGCCGGACCUGUUGACAGCCCUGAGCCAGAUGCACAGGAGGAGCACCUUCCAGAUGAGUCUGUUGUCGCGGCAGAACCUACAGCACGAGAGCUCAGGGCGGUCAACCAUCCUGGUGCGCCUGACAGUGAGCGGAGAGGAGCUGAGCUACCGGCCCGGGGACCACGUGGGCAUCCACCCCGCCAACAGCGAGGCCGAGGUGGAGCGGCUGCUGGAGCGCCUGGAGGCUCUGCCCCCCCACAACGACCUGGUCUGUCUGCAGAGGCUGCAGAAGAGGCCCCAGGCGCAAGGAAAUCACCAGACCUGGGUACAAGACUCUCGUCUGCCUGCCUGUACCGUGACACAGGCCCUGACUCACUUCCUGGACAUCAGCACCCCUCCCAGCCCGGACUUCCUGCAGCUCCUGGCACAGCUGGCUGAGGAUCCCACCGACAGGCAGCAGUUGGAGGUUCUGAGCCAGGGAACUCACCGGUACGAGGAGUGGAAGUGGGAGAACAACCCGACGGUGGCGGAUGUGCUACAGGAGUUUCCCUCGGCCCGUCCGCCUGCCAGCUUGCUGCUGGGCCAGCUGCCCCUGCUGCAGCCCCGCUACUACUCCAUCAGCAGCUCGCUCGACGCACACCCUGCUCAGAUCCAUGCCACUGUCGCCCUGCUGGAGUACCGCACCAAGGGUGGGUCCGGUCCGGUCCGACAGGGAGUCUGUUCCUCUUGGCUCAACCGCCUCAGCCCCGGUGACUCUGUCUUCUGCUUCAUCAGAAGGGCUCCAUUGUUCCACCUGCCCUCAGACCCUUCAGUGCCGUGUGUGCUGGUGGGUCCCGGGACCGGCAUUGCUCCAUUCCGUAGCUUCUGGCAGCAGCGGUUGUUCGAGCUGGAGAAUCGAGGAGGGGGUCCGUGCGCGAUGACCCUGAUCUUCGGCUGCAGGUACUCGGACAAGGACCACAUUUACAAGGAGGAGAUGAUGCAGGCGAAGGAGCAGGGGGUCUUCAAGGAGAUCUACACUGCCUACUCCCGGGAGCAGGAGGGAAAGAAGGUGUACGUGCAGGAUAUCAUCCGAAACCAGCUGUCGGAGGAACUGUUCCGGGUUCUGGACUCCCAGAAGGGACAUCUGUACAUCUGCGGUGAUGUGACCAUGGCGCAGGAUGUCUCACGGACAGUCCAAGACAUUAUCGCUGCGCAGGGGAGCCUCAGCCUGACUGAGGCGGCCGCAUACAUCGCCAAACUGAAGGAUGAGAACCGUUACCAUGAGGAUAUCUUCGGACUGACGCUGCGCACCCGCGAGGUCACCACCAAAGUCCGCUCCACGUCCUUCACCUACUGGCAACAAUCCAAGGGGGGGUCUCGGUCCCAGUGAGUGUGGUCACGGGGAAGACCCUGGGCUCGUCAUCACCUGUCAACGCGGUUCCAUGCCGGAAGGCCCAUCAGUGGCUCCUCCGUUCAUCAUCUCGCUGUGUACUCAUGUUUCUCUACGUUGGGCGACUGCCGAUUCUCCACAGAGGAUAAAUCACGGAAUGUCAGGGUCUGGAUGAGGCACUCUCGGCCUCUCAAUGUCUUCCCUGAUUGUGAGCUCACACUCCUCCACCGACUGAUGUCCUUUCCCAUUCCCUGAGUGUGAGCUCCCCCCCCACCGACUGAUGUCCUUUCCCAUUCCCUGAGUGUGAGCUCCCCCCCCACCGACUGAUGUCCUUUCCCAUUCCCGGAGUGUGAGCUCCCCCCCACCGACUGAUGUCCUUUCCCAUUCCCUGAGUGUGAGCUCCCCCCCCACCGACUGAUGUCCUUUCCCAUUCCCUGAGUGUGAGCUCCCCCCCCACCGACUGAUGUCCU